GGACUCUUUGGUAUAAUCACUUUGAGAUCCAUAUUCCAGACGCUCGUUUCUAUUAUUGCCUAAAAAAGAAAAAAGUUUUCCCCUCGCUUUUCGUCUCUCUUUUCCUUACACCAAAGCUCAGUCGAUUUGUAGCCAACGCCCCUACCAUGUCGGAAUUCAAGCUUUACCACUACGACCCAUCGUUUACCGCCGCAAUUAUCUUUCUAGCUCUCUUUAGUGCUUUAACACUCUGCCACCUCUUUCAACUCAUUCGGUACAGAACUUUCUAUCUUGUUCCGUUCCUUAUUGGAUGUAUUUUCGAGGCAAUUGGCUAUGCUGGGCGUGCAAUAUCUGCAAAGCAGACUCCUGACUGGGCUAUUAUGCCUUAUGUCCUCCAAAGUCUCCUUCUGCUCCUCGGUCCGACGAUGUUAGCAGCUUCUAUCUAUAUGUCGCUUGGACGACUUAUCAAAUCCCUUGAAGCCGAUUCUUACUCACUGGUUCCGAUUGAAUAUCUGACAAAGACCUUUGUUAUUGGUGAUGUCAUUUCCUUUCUGGCACAGUCUGGGGGAGGAGGUAUGCUGGCCAACGCCAAGUCCAAGGGUGACCAGAAGAUGGGACAGAACAUCAUUAUCGUUGGCCUUGCUGUUCAAAUCUACUUCUUCGCAUUCUUCAUCACUAUUCUUCAUAUCUUCCAUCGUCGAAUUACUGCAAACCCGACCAGCAAAAGCCUUUCUUCGAUUUCUCCCUGGAAACAAUUUGUCCUCGUUCUCUACGUUGACAGCGGUCUAAUCAUGAUCCGAUCUCUUUUCCGUUUGGUUGAGUACAUCACCGGAUCGAACGGCGCAUUGCAGUCAACUGAAACAUAUAUUUAUGUAUUUGACGCUUCGAUGAUCUUCAUCACCGUAGCUCUUUUCAAUGUUGUUCACCCGGGACGAGCGAUAAUAACUCCCAGAGAGCCGGAAGAGACGUUUCAUAUACGCAAUGACUCAGCAAGCAUUCCUCUACAGAACAAGAGCCACUUGUCGCCUUCCAUUGUCCAGCAACCUUUCACCGCGUCCGACCGUCAUCGCUAUCGCUAUCUACAAGAACAUCCAAUGGCUCAACAUCCUCCUCAAAAUCAUACAGACUCACUUGACCAGUAUCACUACCCCUCCUACUCAACUUCGCCUGGUCGAUUUCACGGUCAGGUUUGAACAACUCUUGGAACUAUGGUGCGCUCCUCUCCAAGUUAUUGCUCGAAGACGUCACGCUCAUUGGAUUGCAUGUAGAUUUGUUCGUGGACAUUGAGAUCAUCGCAUUUGCAUUAAUAUGGAUAUUUGACUGCGCCAGGAUAUAGAUAGCAAGUUAUAUUUAUCGGGCUACGCCAAGACAAUGACACAUGUACACGUUUGGGACCUUGAUAGAGAGAACUUGUAUAGAUCUGCAGCUCUGUGUUGCCUACAGCGAAGGAAGGUAGUGCUUGUAAACGAGUAUAGUGUUAGGAAAGCAAAAGCAUCU